ACAUGAGCUAUAUCAUGUGACUGUAGAUAUAUACAAAGAGCAAUGAAAAUUACUUUAACUCUUAUUUUAAGUUACUUAACAAGUUUACAAACCCACGGUUAUGCUUUUCAGUACUUAAUUUCUGAUAGAAAUGGAUAUGGUCGACGAUUUGAUGGAAUAGGUGCUAUCAGCGGAGGAGGAGCAACUUCAAAAUUACUGAUAAAUUAUCCCAAGAUUUAUCGUGAUGAAAUAUUGGAUUUUCUCUUUAAACCUAAUUUCGCAGCAUCAUUACAAAUUUUAAAAGUGGAGAUUGGCGGUGAUUCACAGAGCACGGACGGAACCGAAGCGUCUCAUAUGCAUGAAGAAAAUGACUUGAAUUUCAACAGAGGCUACGAGUGGUUUUUAAUGAAAGAAGCUAAAAAAAGAAAUCCAGAAAUUUUACUUUACGGUUUGCCGUGGGUUUUUCCAGGAUGGCUUGGUGGGGGAAAGUCUAACCCUUACUCUAAUAGAACAAAACUUGUUAAGUAUAUAACAAAUUGGAUUAUUGGAGCAGAAAAAUUUCAUAAUUUAACUAUAGAUUUCGUUGGAAUAUGGAAUGAGAGACCUUACGAUAUUCUUUACAUUAAGAUGUUGAGAAAACGUUUAGAUGAAUUAGGCUACCAGAAGACAAAGAUAGUUGCAGCCGAUGGCGAAUGGAAUAUUUUAGACGAUAUGCUUAAUGAUCCUGAACUUGCCCAAGUUGUAGACGUUAUCGGUGUGCACUAUCCUGGUUUCACUGGGGCAAAUCCCCUGAAGUCUCUGUUAACAGACAAAAUACUAUGGGGUUCAGAAGAAUAUAGUGCUGAGAAUAACCUACUUGGAGGAGGAUGCUGGGCUAGGGUCCUGAAUGAACGCUACGUUCAAGGAUCGAUUGCCUGGAAUCUUAUAGCCAGUUAUUAUCCUAAUCUUCCUUAUGGUAGAUGUAGCUUAAUGACAGCCAGCGAACCCUGGAGUGGUCAUUACGAAGUAAAUUCUCCUAUUUGGGCCUCAGCUCACCAUACUCAAUUUACGAAACCUGGCUGGUACUUUCUAAGACAUUCAAAUGGAGUUGGAAACUUAACUGGUGGAGGAACAUAUUUAAGCUUAACUGAUGAAAAGCACUUAACUAUUAUUGUUGAAACUAUGGACCCCCAAGAGUUUCCCUGUUUUUACCCCAUGCCAAAAUAUCCAGUGGCUUCGCAUCAAAUUGCUUCGUUUAAACUUUCAGGAAAAUUUAAAGCUAUAACUACUCUCAAAGUGUGGCAGAGUGAUUUCACUAAGGACUACAAGAAAGAAGCUCUUUUUCAGAGGCAAAAUCCAAUAUUUAUUGACUCCACUUCAACGUUUACACUUCACCUAAAACGGAAUACUGUUGUUACGCUAACGACUCUUAGUACAGGUAGUAAAGGCUUCCACAAAGAGUCACCAAAAUCAGUACCGUUUCCUUUGCCCUACUUCGAUAGUUUUGACAAUUAUAGAGACUCAGAGGAACCAUAUAACAUUGCCCAACAAGCGGGAACUUUUGAGGUGCAUUUUACAGAUUAUGAAAAUCGCAAAGGAGUCAUUCAGCAAAUGGUUGUUAAACCUCCGGUUGACACCUGUCUCCCUUUCCCUAUGUCGAGACCAGUAGCUGUAUUUGGAAAUUAUCUAUGGUCAGAUGUGCAAUUUGCAAUUGAUUUUCUUGUUCCCAAAAAUGGAAGCGAUGGAAUCGUUUUAGGAGCUCGGGUUAGGGAUGGCGGCUGUAAUAUUUGUUAUAGUCCUGGAACUUUUGUUUAUAUUAACUUGAAGAAAAAACUAAUAACUGUUGCAGGAAAUUUUUCUAAAAAUAAUCGAACUUAUGCCGAAAUUCCAAGCGAUAUGCUACAUUUUAAUCAAUGGUUGACUGUCAAGAUAGUUUUGAAGGUAAAUGCUCAAAACAAUGAAGUUAUUCGCAACCUAAAACGAGAAAAUGCAGAAUAUCAAAAAAAUUUCUCUUUAGUUGAAGGCGAGCACGAGAAAAUGAAGCGGAAAAUUGCAAAGCUUGAAGAACUUCUUAAAAUGCGUCAUGUCACAGCCGAGGCUGUUAAAGACUUAACAAACAUGUCACUUGCGAGCAAGUGUAUGAUAGAACAAAUGCUUGCGUCAUUGGAGAAGAAGCUGUUAAAUAGGCAUAGUAGUGAUUCGCAAAAUUUUCCUUUAAAAGAAACCCAGGAAAAAGCAUUUGAUACUGAGUUUUCCAGAGACGAAAAUCAUUUAGUCAUAGAAAACAGGGAAUUACAAAAUUCAUUGAAAGAGAAAGACGAAGAGAUAACCAAGCUGCGCAAACAAUUAAUGGAUAAUCAUACACAAUGCAGUUCUGUAGCUUUGGGAACUUUCAGACAAAUAAAAGUCCAAGAGUCUUUCCUUACCCUCCAGCUUCAGGUUUGA